AUGACGUCUAUCCGUUACUGUUUACGACUAGGAGCCCCAUCACUUGUUUGCCUCUACGUGGUCGUCUUUAAUGGUUUGGUUUGGGGCGCGCCCCCAACGGAUGAUAGUGAAAGUACGAUAGCUCCAAUGGGCGAAAAAAUUGCAGGCUAUGCCACUAAUGCAAUUUGCCGUAACAAUUUGGAGGCCAUGCUAUUGCUCUAUGUUGAUGCGGAGGAGAUAUCUUCUUCUUUGUAUGCCCUAUCACUUACAAUAGGGGAAUCCAACGAUUCACCAGAAGUAAAAGCAUCACAGCAAAAGGAGUGUGACGAAUAUAGGGAGAACCUUAAAACAUUAAUACCCACUCUCCGAGAAUACGUCAAUUUAAGAGAUUUGUUUAAUAAUUACCUGGCGAUUAUGGACGAAUUUCACGCAGGCGAUCUAACAUACGAGAGAAUGACUGAACUCAGUGAGGCUGUGUUAAAUCUGGAACAAGAAUUCGAAGGUAAGGAGGAGCUAGCAGAAAACAUGAUUGGAUCAAAAUUCGUCGAAUAUGUAUCAGGAAAUAUACGACAAGUGGAAGAGUUCCUUGCAGAACAUAGGGCUCCGGAGUCACUUGAAUCAAAUAAACCUGCCGAACCAAGUUUGAGAGCAAAAACACCUUCACCAAGUGCAACCAGUCAGAAGGUACCCACGAAUGAAAGAAAGUCUGCAGGUGACAUGAUAAAGACGAUAAUUGCUAUUAAAACGAUGACCAUUCUUUCUCUAAUUGCAGUUCUCUGA